AUGAAAAAUAUUUUGUACUUUGUGCUAUUAAUUAGUUUAUUUGGAUCUCUUGCGACAUUUACUGUCGAAAUACAAAAAACUAAAAAUAAAAAAAUAAAUGAUAUUCUUGACGAAGAAGAUUAUAUAUCCAUGCUUGCUAAGUUGCACCACCUAGAAAUUUUAGAUGAAGAAGACAUAGAAACAGAUGAAAGCCUUGAAAAGGCUACUAAUAAAAACAAUAAAGAACAUGACGAGUACUCAUUGCCUGAGUUGCUAGAUAUAAAAACUUUAGAUGAAGAAACUUUAGAUAUGAUCCAUAGACAUCUUAUAAACCCUAUUGAUGAUGAAAAAUCUUUAGAAGAAAAACAAGAGCGUGAUACUCAAAAAAGCACAAAUCAAACAGGAAUUGAUCUGAAUAAAAAAUCUAAUGAAGUAUCACCGCCAGAACAACAAAUUAUUCAAGAGCUACCAAAAAAACAAAAUUCUGACCCUUCUGAUGCUGAUGAGAAUGCAGCUCAUCUACAAAAAGCCGAUCAAAAAAAAGAAAGUGAGCUUGCGAUAGAUAAAAUGCCACAAAACAAAGAAAAUACCUAUAAAACAGACAAUCAAAAAAAGAAUAUACAAAGGCUUGAAAAGCCUAUAGUUGCAAAAUCUAAAGAAGAAAACGAACGUAAAAAAUUACAACAAUGGUUAGAAUUAAAGAGAGAUCGAAUAGGUGGGUGGGCUCGCGAAAACUCACACAGCAAAUUAAUAUAUAAACGACAAUAUGAUAGUCUGAAUGAACAUUUACCAACAUCUGUAUUUGUUCAUGAUUAUAGCAAACAGCUCUUUUACUGCAUUAAAAAGAACAAUUUAUCCUGUUUACGGGGAAUAAUAAAUAAAUUGGAAAAAAUUGGGUUAAGUAUUGAAGAAUCACUAAAAUCGAGAAAUAAAUUAGGAGAUACUCCUUUAAUUUAUGCAGCGAAGUGGGGUGAAAUAGAUAUGGUGCGGUUCCUAUUAUUACAAGGUUCUGAACUUAAUUCGGUUAAUUAUAAUUUUCAGUCUGCCAUGGAUAUAGCAAUUACAAAGAAGCACGUCGGUAUAAUAAAUGCAAUUGCAGAAAUGACCCCGCGCCUUGUAGAACAUAAAAAAAUAAACAAUAAAAAAGACUCGGCAAUGUAUAACUGGGCUAUAAAAACAAAAAAAGAUAAUGAGUCAAAGUGCGAUGCAGAUUACUAG